AAAGUUUAUUAAUUUAACCAUCUAGAUCAUCCCGCACCAACUUCGCUAGGUUUGGAUCUAACACCCGACACAUCUCCCAUCACGCGCCGCCACUGUCAUCCGCAUCUCCCCCCCAACCCUCGAUCCCCUCCCACCGACUCCGUCGCGCCGCCGCUCACCCCCGCCCCCCCGCGCGCUCCUACUCGGCCGUGCUGAUGGCUCCCCGCCUGCAUGGGGAUGAGGGGCCCCGCCCGAAGAGGCCGUUGGAGCGCCCUGAGUCCUCUCGCCCUCCGCGCGGCCCUCCCAUGCCGGUUAGGGACGGUGCCCGACGGGGGGCCGACAACCGCCGGCUCGCUGACCGGGAUGACUGGGCCGCUCCCCGCAGAGCUUGGGCGGUCGCUCUCUACCGGCCGCCCCCCACUCGUGAGGGCACCCAUGACGGCCGCCGCGACGCGCGACUCCCUCUGCCUGGUUCCCAGGGGGCGCGACGCCGGGAGGAGGCCGGGCGGCUGCGUGAAGACAACCAGCGACGCAAAGAUGAACUCCACUCUGAGCUGCAGCGCCGGCCUGUGUACUCCGCCCCUAGCCGACCCGGUCCGGAGGUGGGUCAGAGCUCGUGCCAAGGCGCCCGGAGUUCCGCGGGUUCGGAUGACCGUGCUCGGUAUGGAUCUGAGGAGCCGGACAGUGCGGACUUGCUCAAUUGGCAUAGGUCCUCGUCCUGGUCGCCGCGGUACACCCCCCGUUGCACCUCGGAGGAGGCUCCGGGUCCAGUUGGGCCGUCGACAAAGCAGAAGAAGAAGCACUCGGGUGGGCUCAGUGGUCCUACCAUCAUGGAUGGAUCGGGGAGGUCGGCCGUCGGGGAGCCGAAGCAGGAGGCCCCGAUGAUUCCCCCGGCCAGAGCCAGUCGCGCCCGGACCCAUGACGAGACGUUGUGCAUCAACUGUGGGUGUGUCGGUCACUUCCGUUCGGAGUGCUUGGCGCCCUCCCGGUGCCCUACCACUCUUGCCUACCUGGGGUACGGGGUGGAGGGGGGUGGCUUCUACUAUGUGGACGCGACCCUGGAGGACGAACCCGUCCGGCCGCACCUAGCGACGAUCACCCUCGUCCCGGACCAGCAGCCACCGCCGUCGGUUGUGGUUACCGCUGAGAUUAUACGAGCGGAACUGUCAGCGUACAUUGGCGAUUACAGAGACAACGCCUUCUCUUGGAAAGUCACUGAGACAGCAUCGAUGGUCUACUCAGUACCCUUCCCUUCUGCUGAGAUGCUCAAUGUCUGCAGCCACGACCACGUCAAGUGCCCCAUCAACAAGUUCAUGAUCUCAAUCCAGAAGGCUGAUGCUGAGCCGGACACGGUGGCCCCCCUUGCCCAGGUGUGGAUGCUCGUCUACGGGCUCCCGGGUGGGGGCAAGCGCGAGCACAUUCUCAAGGCCAUCUCGGAGCCGGUGGGCAAGAUUCUGACGGUCGAUCUGGAUUCCUUGGAGGGCGAUGGCCCGGCGCGCGUCGAGCUCCUUUGUCAGGCUCCAGCUGAUGUGGACGGACUGUCCCUAAUCUUCUACUUCAGCAAGAACAAGGGCAAGUGUAUCACCUACAAGAUCGACCAAGAUCCACUGGAGGGGCGACCGGAGGACGAGCCGCCAGCACCGCCGCCAGCUCCACCGGCGGCGGGACGGGACAACGAGGAUAGCCAGUCUGUGGACAGCUCCGCGAAGUCGGGGGGUGGGCUUCCGCCGACGGCGUCGACCGAGAGCCGUCGCGCGCCAGUUUCGGCUGGUAUGGAGGGCGCUGGACUGCCGGGUGGCUCCACCCUCACCCUUUCUGUUGUAGCGGCAUCUUCGCUGGUUCCUGAGCUGGAGGAGGAGACCCUGAGUGCUAGGCUGGAUGUUCGCCCGCCGUCCCUGCCGCGCUCCCCUGGGGUGGUGUGCUACUCUCGCUCGCACCGACUCCCCCGUGGCUAGCCCCGGUACCCGGCCUGUACCCUCACCGGCAGUGGCAUCCAGACAGAGCGCGCGUCUCUGCCGGUCUCGGACUCUCCUGGGCGGUUGGGUUCCUAAGAUCCCGGAGAAGGUGGCCAUGCAUGCGGCGACAUGUGAUCUCACCCCAGCAUUGGCACCUGCUCUCUAGACAGCGCGACCGUGAUCGCCUCGGCCUCAUGCUGGAUGCGCUUCUGGAUUCGGCACGUCGUUUAUCAUUGUCGUAGGACCGCCUGGCGACUGGCACCAGGUGGCUUUUUUUCUUAUUUCUCUCUUGUCUUUUGGGCAUGAUUGUGCUGUUGCCCCAGCCGUCGUUCUUGUUUCGGACUAUGAAUGUUGGUUGUAUGGACUGUUGCUUUAUUUAUAAUAAAGCGGGGCGAAAGUCUAUUUCGAGAGAUCAACGAAUAUAAUUCAAACUUAAAUGGCCUAGCA